AUGGCGAAGAAGAUGAAAUCCACUGAAAAUAUUAAUGGAGGAUUAACCACUCCAUUAUCGAAAGCGGUGAACGUAGAGACAAGCAAAAAAGCUGGAACAGGACAGAUUUUGCCAUGGGUAGAAUUUCCAAAUUUCGCCCAGAUCAGUGCCUCUAUUAUAGAACAAGCACAGACAGAUGCACUGGUGGAAGGCAGACAAGAUCUCGGAAAGCUGUCUAUAAAGACGUAUAAAGAACUCUUGCAAAAAGAAGGAAAACUCAUGGAGUUAGUGUACAUUAAUGCUAAUAACAGUUUGUUGGAGGCUGCUAGAUUACUCGCUCAGCAUCAUAUACAUCGUCUACCAGUUCUUGAUCCGGAAUCUGGUACUCCUCUGUUCAUCAUUACUCACAAACGACUACUCAAGGUCGUCGAUAUGUAUUCGCGAUUCGACGCAAUGGGAAUCGCUUUAGAAGAAAGUGCCGACAGCUUGGAUGUUAGCGUUGAACAGGCGCUCAAGUUCAAAAACUCGGGCAAGAAUGAUAACGAUCGAGCCGUGUCGGUAAGGGAUACGGAUAUGUACCUUAUGGAAAGCUAUUACUAUUCUCGUAGAGCGGAAUGUCCAUCGUUUACGUGCAGUCAACGAAACAGGCGCUGUAGAGGGAAUCAUUUCGCUUUCCGACGUGAUCAAUCAUAUGGUUGUCAAGCCAGGAUUUACGACAUCGACUCCAAGACAGUGCCACUCUUCUCGAAGAUACAGCCACCGGAAGGAUACGAAAGACAUAAUUAA